AGAUAAUAGACGGAGAUAGAGUCACGGAGGGAGAGAGGGAGAUGACAGAAGAGGACAGAGUGCUUAUAAAGAAAAACCGCUGGAGUUUGAAAAUGUUUGCAGAGAGACUUAUACCUGCACAGGUGAUAUAAAUAUUCCGCUUUGACCCGGAUUAAAGCCCCAGCACUUCAUUUCCCCUCAGAAAGUCCUCGAGACUGUGCUGUGGUGAGGAGGAACCGCGCGCGCGCGCCUCCACAGCGCGUGCGACAGGAGGCUGGUUCGACCAUUGCUGUUAACUCAGGUAGCUGGAGAUGAUCACACACACACACACACACACACACACACACCACAAAUCCUCAGACAACAACAAACCCCACCAUCCCAGGUAUGAGACAGAAUGGUGUGCUGACAUGGGAGCAGGAGAAGUACACUGGGUUCAACUUUGGAUCUCUUCUCACCAGCUUGGACUGAAGCUCUAGCCAGGGCAGCAUUAAAAAUACAUGUCCCAAAGGAAGACUCUGGCUUCACUUACUCACUCACUCUCUUACACACACACACACACACACACACAGUAAUAAAUCAAUAUCCUAAAGCUAUGAUUUCUUCAUCACUUUUCCCUCCAGCAACACAUUGAGUGGGCAGCGAAAAGACAGGCUGAGCAGCUUCUAUUUCUGCAACACUGAAACACUGUCCAGACAGAAAUGUUUCCAUCAUUUUUUUCUUCUAGUCGUAGGAUCAAUUUACCAACUUUUACCAGAACAUGUUUUCUGCAGCUUUGUUUCUUCUAAGACGUCUUUCCUAUUUUUUUCAUCAUCAUCAUCUGAUGAUCAGAGUCUAGACAGUACUAGAUCAUUAGUCGAGGACAAUACGUUUAGAUCAGCAGUGAGAUCUGACAGAUCUUCCGGAAAGUUCGCUGUUGCGGUCUCUGCCUGCAACCCCGUGCUAAUCGAAGCGUUCCAUCACUGAAAUUGACUACCAGCCUUUCUUUCCACUCAUUGCAAUUCUUAUUAGCAUAUUUAUAAACCAGAGAUUCAGCCCAUCACAUGGAAUGUGGAACGUGACAUCGACCACAAGUUUGGCCCUCGUGGCCAGGAGCAGGUAGCUUGAAAGUGAAAUGUCGCUUAAAGCAAGAGCUCGACGAGCUUAUAAGCACAAUAGUACCUGACGCAAUCUCCGAGGGAGGAAAGGACGAGAGGAAAAGGAGGGAGGAAAUUCAGGCGCGCAUCUUUCUCCUCCACCCACAAGAUGAUUAAUGCUCGCGUGAAGCAACAAUUAAAAGAGAUAUCACAUAUAUUAAAAACGGAUUAAUCUCUCUAGAAUAAAACAAAGAGCUGUGUCGGAGAUCUCCACGCAAGAGUCACGUACCUCCAGUUCAGGAUGGAGAGCCUGGAUGAAUUGGAGCACCCACUUCUGGACGACAGCCCCACACACUCCUCCCGAACGGGCAACAGCGGCCUGUUCAAGGGCAUUUUUGUGAGAUGCGAAGAGGAAAAAAGACCCCACUCUCUAGCAUGGAGGAGCUAUUCCGGUCCUACAGAUGUUUCUCAGCAGCAGCUGCUGGAUCCGUGUUCGCUCCCUAGCACACUGGAGUCCUUCUACACUCCUUCUGCUUCAAUAUGGGGCCCUGCAGACUCGCUGGGGCUCCACAGCAAGGAGUAUCUGGAAACCACGUUCAUGGACAUCGGGCCUGGAUCUCCUCUGGAGAGGAAGCUGCUGUCAGUCAGCAGAGACGUCCACAGUGUGUCCUACAGCAUGGAGGAUGAAGACGACCUGCUGCCAGAAUUCGAGGAUUCCUCCAGUGACGACUUCACUGACACGGAAAGCGAAAGCAACUUCCCGCUCAUGAUCCCACAGGAUCACCUCGGCCUGGCCUUCUUCUCCAUGCUCUGCUGCUUCUGGCCUCUAGGCAUCGCUGCCUUCUAUUUGUCUCAGAAGACGAACAAAGCGUGGGCGCAGGGCGACUUCCAGACAGCGAGCAAAGCAUCUCGACACACUCUGUGGCUGUCCAUCAUCUCCAUCAUCUUCGGCAUCAUCACCUACAUCUGCGCCGUCGCCGCGCUCAUCUCCUACCUUUCCGGCAAGCCGCCUUAAAGUGUGCUCUGUGUUUCAGGCCCCUCCCCCUUUUUACCUCCCGUAAGACACGAUGAGAUUCUGCGCAUACACUCACACAGAUCUGUACUAUGUAUUAACACUGGGCUUUUAUUCUAAUUAACCUUCCUGGAUCGAACCCGUCUGGACCUGUAUAGGGAUGGACGCUAAUACGACAGAUGGGGAAUUGAUCUCUGGACAAAUCUAACAGAAGAAGGAAAAAAAUUAGCUUGUUUCUCUGGAACCCCUUACAGCAGUGCAGCAAUGGCACAAUGCCACGGAGCACAAACAGCUUGCAUAGAUAAGAGCGCUCCCAAAUGAUUUCUGAGACCUGAGGGUUUGUUUAAAGGACUUGACAAGGACUGAAACUUUCUGCAGGUCAAAUUUCUCCUGUUCCUGUAAAACACUGACAUGAUUUACAUCUGGAUUCAAUUCACAUGUCUGUAACACACACACACUAAAAUUUGUGAUCUUUUACGUCUCAAAUUCGUUCAACUCUUUACUUUUAGUUAACAUCUUAUCCUGGUAAAGUGUUCGGUGUAUCUGGAGAACAUGGACACUAACUCACACAAUCAUUCACACCUUUUAGAGGAAUCUCUAAAUCCACCGGAAUGCUUCCGUGUAACCAGCGUAACAUAGACACAGGAACCAACACACCAACUGUAAGUCGAAUUGAGGAUCACGGGACCCUGGGACCCGGCGCUGCGAGGUAGCCGUGCUACUCGCCGUAUCAUAAUGCCAUCCUUUCUCAGAUUCAAUCCGUGCCAAAAAAUGUCUCUGUCCUAAAAGGGCCAUUAAGGACAACAGAUGGACCAGCGGACCAACUUUAUGCAGCAGGUGUAACAGCAUCUGUUUAGUUGGACAGCCAGUUAUGUGGCGGCCUGGGAAAACCCUUGACGCGUUUUGCGGUAUACUUCUGAAAAAAUAAAGAUUUUGUCUUUUCAGUGCAUCUUGAGCAUAAAAUUACCCCAAAAAAUGAAAUGCAUUAAUGCCUGCAUUUCUUAGAGGUCGACUGAUAUGGUUUUUUCUCUGGCCGAACGCACAGACACUUGUCAUUAGCGGACAUGAUUGAAAAAAAAGCUACACGAAUCCUUUAGUAAUGAUUGUGGCAGAUGUGAAACACUGCUCGCUUCAUAUAUUCACAAUUAUAGCUUUUCCAAUUUUCCAAUUUUUAAGACUACCGCCACCUGCUGGUAUGGGAGUUAUAUUAUCUCUCACGCAAAACUUAUGUGCACAGUUUGGGGUGUCAGAUGCGCCUGCCUAAUAAUCAGCUUCAUUUGGAACACGAUCGGACCAUGUCGGUUAAUUAGAAAAUGGCGUCUCAAUUUAUCGGCCGGCUGAUCAAUCGGUGGACCUCUUAUCAUUUAUACAAAAACAACAUUUCAGAAUCAUUUGAACAAAUCCGGAGUUUACAAUGGGAAAUGAGUUCUCGGUUCGAUUAUCAGCAUCAUUCAUGUUUAUUCUCUGUUUUGUCACCUGGAAUAAAUAUUAUUCGCAAUCCUC